CUGACGUGGUGGGUAUUUUCAAUGGCCUUUAUUUAUUUUUUAUUAUUUUUUUGCCUCGUUUUUCUGACUUUGCUGACUGAGGGAGUAAUACGGCGGACCCACAGCAACCAAAAGCGCAAUUGUUGGGAGAGGCGAAAUUCCCAGGGGGACAGCUCGAGGGGGCGCCCGACAGGCAAUGCAAGGUUGACCAGGAAAACAGGAGCAAAGAAGACCGUGAAUGCCGGGCAAAGAGACCUCAAACCACUCAGGAAGCGAUGCCUGGAUGGAUCCUGAAGUCGUGAGAUGGUCGCGCGCGAUGAUUUGUUUGGGAUCUUGAUGGACUCCGUUCCUUUUUUCGUUAUUAUUAUUUUUUAUUUUUUA